CGAUGUGUGAGCGGGCGGCGCGCCUCUGCAGGGCCGGCGCGCACAGACUGCUCCGGGAGCCGCCGCCGCAGAGCCGGGCGCUGGGGGGGCUGCUCCGUUGGGUGGGAGCCAGGAUGGGCGAACCCCGGGAGCCGCUGGCCGACGGGCCGGGGGCCACGACCGGCCACGGGCUCUGUCCCACGCCGCCCCCGCCCCCGUCCCCGCCCCGGAGGGGCACUUCGGUCAUCCUGGACAUUUUCCGCCGGGCUGACAAGAAUGAUGAUGGGAAGCUGUCCUUGGAAGAAUUCCAGCUGUUUUUUUCAGAUGGUGUCCUUAAUGAAGAAGAACUCGAGAAGCUCUUUCACACGAUUGACUCUGACAAUACCAACCAUGUGGACACCAAAGAGCUCUGCGAUUACUUUGUGGACCACAUGGGGGACUAUGAGGACGUCCUAGCUUCCCUGGAGACCCUGAACCACUCUGUCCUGAAGGCCAUGGGCUACACCAAGAAGGUCUAUGAGGGGGGAUCCAAUGUGGACCAGUUUGUGACCCGCUUUCUUCUCAAGGAGACAGCCAACCAGAUCCAGUCCCUGCUGAGCUCUGUGGAGAGUGCGGUGGAGGCCAUUGAGGAGCAGACCAGCCAAAUACGACAGAACCCCAGCAAGCCUAGCCAAGGGGUGGCGGAUACUUGGUACGGAAACCCGGCUCCCCGCUACCCCCCCAACCCCAGACUGCCGCCCGCCGAGCCCGGGAAGGGCUUUCCCUCUGGAUCCCCAGACAGCAAGGAGGAAGGGCUGGAAGCACAGAUCAGCCGCUUAGCCGAGCUGAUAGAGAGGCUGGAGAAUAAGACCCUGUGGUUUGAUCUGCAUCAGCGUCUCUCCGAUGGAAACAGUACGGCUUGCACCUAUCUCCUCUUGGUGAGACAAGAGAUGGUGGUCUCCCGGGAGCACCUUGGAGAGUUCCUGAGCUCCCUGAGGCAGUACCUGAGGAGCACAGCAGAGGACAGCCACUGUUUCCACAUCACUGCCGUGAGACUCUCUGAUGGCUUCACCUUCGUUGUCUAUGAGUUCUGGGAGACUGAUGAGGAACAGAAGAGGCACCUGCAAAGCCCGGUCUGCAAAGCUUUCCGGCAUGUGAAAGUGGAUACUCUGAUCCAACCUGAAGCUGUCUCCAGCAUCUCAGUGCCAGCUGCUUGGUGCACGCUGAAUCAAGACUGAUCCGGCCCUCCUAACGGACUCAGAAUGUCAGGCCGGGGCUUGGCCCCUCAUUAUCAAGGACCGUGUGUCUUUUCUAAGAACCUUGUUACAAGUGCUGUCUUUUCAAUAUCCUUCUAAACAGGAAUGUAUUUUCUUGUUGUUUGAAGUGAAGGAAACAAAUCCCUCUCCCUCCCACCUGCCCCAUACCCACCCAUCAUAUUGCACCUCCCGGCUCCACUUUCCCUCUGUUACUGUCAGAGUCUGUUUACUUUAAGGCCUGAUAAAGUUUGGGGCCUUGAAGGAGGCAGAACCAACCAAGAUCUUUCCAGAUCAAGCAAGAAGCACAAUCCUCCCCCUGACAGUACGGGUCCCGGCAGGGCCGCCCCUCCGAGCAUCCACCAUUGGCCCAGUGACAAAGCAGCUACAUCCCCAUCAGCCCCACGAAGUCCCCUCACUUUCCGGUUCCCCACGGCCACAGACCCCUCCUUCCCUUCUGCUUCCCCCCAGCCUUCCACCCCCCUCGAUGCCCAUGAUUCAUUUCCUUCGCUUUGAAAAAUCAUGCAUGAUCACUCAGCCUUCGUGUGCUUUCUCAGGCUGCCCUCCCAGCCUCGGCUCCCUAACAGAUUCAUUUAUUUAUUUAUCGGUGUGCUAUUUUCUCCUGUGGUAUCUCAGACUAAAGCAGGGACACGGGCCCUUUAGGCUGUUCACUAGCCGUUCUCUGCCUGUGGGAUAGUCCUGUUGGAUAUUAUUACUCUUCUUCCCUUAGGAGCCACGAGCCUCUAGAUUUAAACUGUAGAACUCUGCAAAAUGUCAGUACAGUAUUUUAGCCAAUGUUUACUAUUAGGUGACGAAUAAACUCUGGUUGAGGAACA